AGUGAACUCGAGGUCAUUGCAUCAAACAAGCAAUAAAUAUGGCGGAGGAUGCACUUCCAUCUGAAUUUGAUGCUAUCGUUCUAGGCACAGGUCUCACAGAAUCAAUUGUUGCUGCAGCUUUGUCCAGGAUUGGUAAAAAGGUCCUUCAUUUAGACAGAAAUGAAUAUUAUGGUGGGCAAUGGGCAACAUUCUCUUUUGAAGAUUUCUUGGUGUGGAUAGAGAACCAGAAAAAUGUAGCCGAUGAAGACUCCAGAAUAAGUACAAUAGAAAAUGUUGAUGUUGUUCCCAUACCCAAGCAUGAUAACAGCAUUUCAAAUAUCAGUAUAAAGUCUUAUGUAAGGAAAAAGCCCCUUCCAGUCAAAGAGAAUCCCAGCGAUGGUCUUCAGACAGAAAUGCCCAGUAGCGACUUUUCUGGUGAAUUGACUGAAACUGCUAAAGUGUCUGUGGCACCUGAAACUUCUGAUGAAUCUAAAGAGGAAGAGUUGCCGAACCUUGCCAUUGCUGAAAUAACUGGAUGCUUAGAAAAAGUAGAUAUUGGAGCAGACCAUAACUUAGCAUGCCAAGAUAAAGUUCAAAACGAAAACAGUGGCGAUACUAAUGAUUUACUUCUUGCUGUUGCUACUGAUGCCAGUCAUACCAAAGCCACAGACAUAGUUGACACAGAAAAUGCUCCAGACUUGAAUGAUUCUGAUGCUGGUGGGGCAAGCAAUAACGAGAAGGGUGAAGCUGCUGAUGCUGAUGUUGCUGUUUCUAGUGUUACGAAAGGUGGCGACAGUACCACUGACAGUACAAAUUCAGAUCACCAGGAAAAUGAAGAAGUUCAAGAGGCUCAUUCCGCAAUCGAUGUACCCCGUGUUGAAGCAUCACCAGCUUUGUCACGCAUACUGGCACAAUCUAGAAUUGCUUCACACGCAGAAGACAUUUCUUUAGCAGAUUUUAAACUUCUCUCUCGAAAAUUCAACCUCGAUAUUGCACCAAAAAUGCUAUUUGCAAGGGGAUCAUUGAUCGAAAUUCUUAUAAAUGCUAACAUCAGUCAUUAUUCUGAAUUCAGAACUGCCGAGCGGAUCCUGACGCUUAAAGGAAACGAAAUUGUACAGGUACCGUGCAGCCGCGCAGACGUUUUCAGCAGCGAGGCUGUGAAUGUGAUGGAGAAACGCGUUUUGAUGAAGUUUCUUUCAUUCUGCGUUACAUACGAAGAAAAACCGGAAGAGUAUGAGGAAUUUUCCGAGAAACCUUUCGUCGAGUUUCUUGUUCACAAGCGUCUUUCACCAAACCUUCAGCAUUACGUAUUACAUGCGAUUUCAAUGGUUGAUGGAAAUGCUAGUACUGGUAUAGGACUUCGUAAAGCGCAAAAAUUUCUGAAAUCAUUGGGUCGCUUUAGUAACAGCCCAUUUGUAUGGACAGUAUAUGGGAUAUCAGAACUACCGCAGGCGUUCUGCAGAAUGUCUGCGGUGUUUGGUGGAAUGUACUGUUUGCGACAUUCAGCCAAGUCAAUUCGAAUUGACAAAGCCAGAAAGAAAUUUAUUGGAAUCAUAAGUACAGAUAACCAGGAAAUAGCCGCAGAACAUUUAAUUUUGGGAAGAGAUUACAUACCCAAGGUUUAUGAACUCUCCACCAAAACUUUCGUUUCCAGAGCAAUAAUUAUCACUGACAAAUCCGUACAAGAGUCACAAGAGGAGCAGGUGACUCUACUAACAAUACCCCCGGACAAAAAUUCAGUAAAUAGUGUGCAGGUGAUUGAAAUUGGCCCUGCUUCAAUGGCUUGUCCAGUUGGACUGUAUUUGGUACAAAUGACUACAAAAGGAGUAUGGACGCCAGAGCAAGAUUUACAGCCGACAAUUGAUUUGCUGUUUAAAACUGAGAACGUCGAAACGGAUUCCCGGCCAAGACUCUUAUGGUGUGCAUUUUUCAGUCAUAUUGGCAGAGACGAAAUAGCCAACUAUGAGCUUCCUGAUGACGUAUUUGUGACAGAUUUUCCUGGAGGAUCAAUUGGUUUUGAUGAUGAAGUCUUUGAAGCAAAAACUAUUUUCAAUAAGAUUUGUCCUGGCAUGGAAUUCCUUCCAGCCGUUCCGAACCCAGAAGAUAUUAUAUGGGACGACACAAGCAAGGAAAUUAGGCCUGCAGUUGGGUUUGCUCGGGCGGAGGACGGAGCUGAUGCUGCGCAAAGAGUUGUUGAGGGAGAUGACGCUGCUGUGGAGGAUCAACCAAAUGAUUUAAACCAAGAAUGCAGACAUGGUCCGGUACUUUCCGAUGAAGACGAGGAUGUUUCACAUCAAAACGAGAAUAACACUGGGAAGAAUGAUGUCCAAAGUCAAGAAGAUGGCAAUUUGGAAGAAAAAAAAGGUCAGAGUUGAAAAAAGAAUGGCAGGGACAGUAUAUGUUACCAAUAGUAGAAAAUUAGAAUGUGCGUUUAUUUGACAAAACACACUUUUUUGAAUGUAUACUUUUAAGAGGAAAAAGACGCUUAUUUUAGUAAGGACAUCAUUUGAUCAACCAAAAAUUAAUUGCUGGUAACAUUAAAGGUCCUGAUCUUCAACUUAAACUCCAAUUGGUGCAGAAUAUGAAUAGAAGGAGCUGAUUGGCUGAUGGGCAGUGUAUUCGAGAGCUCACAACCUUUGAAAAAAAUUGAUUAAUUACCAACAUCACUUGGAUACUAUGCUCAAGCAGUGCACGAUGCAAAUAACCUAGUUCUCUUCUUAUUGAUCAAUCUUGAAACGGUUUGCAAUGGAAUGCGAAACCUGAGCCAAAAUCUAUAUAAUAUACAAAGCAAAGUAGAAAAAAUGCAUAUAGGCCUAAUCUGGAGGCCCGUUCUAUGAAUCGGUUAUUCGCUAAACUUCCUUAUUAAUUAAUCAUUUUUAGAUAACUUGCUGAAAUGCUUGUUUGAUAAUUGCUUGCUCAAUUUAUUAUAUAAUGCGUGGCCGUAUCCACUAUCCUAUCCGAUCCGGAAACCAAAAUACAUUUAUAAGAUUACAUCAAUUCGUACUGCUCAUGAAUAGUGUUUGUAGAAUUGAACAUUUCAUGGUAAAAUAUUUUAUCUAAAACGGUUAUCAUUAUACGUCUUUAAAUUAAAGAUUUAAUUUGAUGUGAUUAAACUUAAACAAGGAACUAAAGUGGUUUUGAAGUGACUGAACUGAUCUGGAACCUAAUCUGCUAAAGUCAUUUACCUUUUAAACCUGUGCACUUUGCUGGUGAAAAAACUGCCAACCAUAAGUUUUAAGGGUACUUAUUUAUAACAAAUUCUAUUUGAUUAAUUAUCUUACAAAAUAUGGGGAUUCGCUGUACCAAUUCUUGAAGAUCGUGAUAUUGACAACCAAAUUAUUUUCAUUUUUGUGUUUUUUUGUGGCACUAUCAUCAGAUGUUUUCAACAUGAUUUUUGUUGAAAUUUCGUAUAACCAAAACCAAUUCAAAACUGUAAAUGUUUGUUUUCUUUUAAGUUUAAUUUAAGUUUAAAAAGUUCAAUUUACCAAUUUUUUUUACUUUAAUUUUGCCAGCAGCGUUUUUAAACCCCUAUAGAACCUCAGCCAAACCAUAAACCACUAGGUUUUAUCAAAUGAAAAACGUUUAUCACCUUAUCAAAUGUUUAAUCCACUCCCCCUCUAAGCUUUUUGUCUUUUUCAGUUUUUUCACUUUCUUGACUUUGCUUGUGACCUUGUUGCUAGGAGUUUUUUUGGAAAUUCUUACUUAAAAACCACAAACGCUAAAAUUUUAUUAGCUGAAAAAACCUUAUCAAAACUAUUUUUUCCAUCGAAAAGAUCUGCUAUCUUUUCAUAAAUUCGGUGUUCUUUAUUUUGUACACCCCUUCUUCUUUUGUAUUUCAAUUACUAUCAUUUUUUAUUUUAUCUUGUGUUAAUUCAAUGUUUUUCGAUCUUGCACGUUGUUCUGGUACUUCCAUUCAAAAACUUGCAGCAAAAAUGUAUUUAACUCACUGUCGAUGAAAACUUGAAAAGGCAAAGUUCUGCGACCUUCUAUUGGAAAGCCUCGCCAUUCCAGUUAGCCAAGGAACUGAGUGAAAAGCAAAGCAAUAGAAUACGGAAGACUGGCGACGAGAAACAUCAAAGAAGAUGGAGUAUACAUACUUGCGAAGAUUGAUUUCAGUGCAAAUCACGAUGCUGUUUGUGACUCUUACGGCGAUCUCGCCUUUCCCCUUGGAAUCAAGCUUAAAGACAACAGAUUUGCUGGAAUACUUAAAAUCGUCAAUGGAAAAAACUGAGCGUGGCUUGUCGUCAAAGCAAGAGCUGCCCGUCUUACGACGACGCAUCAAGAGCCCGGUUCUUCAAGAUUAUGAUGGGUCACCCUACGACUACAUUGGGAAAGAUGAGCCCCCAAAAAAGGACCCUUUGGAAGGCAGUCCGCAAUUAGAAUUGGACGAAGCAUACAGCAUCUUCCUCAGAAAUCAUCUUCGUGUCACAAGUGAACAAAGUGUACCGCCUAACUUUGUUAUUAAAAAUCCGGCAAGCAUAGAGCACAAGAGAAAGUUAUUCUGCAGAAGCGGGUACCUGGUGGAAAUACUACCCAACGGCACUGUCCGAGGAACCCAGGAUCAUAACUCUCCGUACACACGGCUAACAAUCCUUAUGUACGCAAGGCAGCUCGUUAUCAUUCGGACACAAAACCAGCCGUACAGGUACCUGGUCAUGACAUCGGACAGCAAAGUUAAAGCCGUGCCUCAAAGGACGAUACAGAGCGUAUUCUUUUAUCGCGUUGGAAGCAAAGAUGACAAGCACAAUUACCUAUCUUUCGAAAGAGCAUACAAAAGGCGCAACAACUGGUACCUGGCACUUAAAAAGAAGGACAACGGGCAAUAUGGAACAAUGAAGAAAGGCAAGAAUACGAACCCCAACAAGCGUUCAGCACAGUUCAUUGUUGUAAGAUACUGAGGGUUUCGAAAAAAAUACUAUAGGUCUGCAGAUACUCGCAGAAGGAGUCAAGUAAGAACCUUUGGCUUGACCUGGAGACCAUUCCAUGGUCUUGACAGCCUGAGACAGGGAAAAACUGGAAAGCACGGGUCUGCCUCCACAGUAAGUAGCGCUGUGUGCAAAUAUUCUCUAGCAGUGUAUCGUCAAAUGGACGACCAAUCGUCAUAUCGUUAGUUUAUCAAAGACUGCGUAAGUGCUUCAUAGUACUUGGACAUGGGUGAUAAUUAUAAUCAUUUGAACUAGAAAUAACUGUACAAAGUAGGUAAAUUGUUGAGAACAUCUUGCAGAAGUCUAAGGUACUUUUAAAGCAACCUUUUUGCUGACUGCGGAUUGGUUUUCUACGUUACAUAAAUCGCAUAGGCCAACAAUAAAUUCACAAAGUAAGUUUCAAAGUAGAAGUAUAAUUCUCAUUCGGGGCAUAAAGCGUUGCCCCACCUUGACAAAGGUAUGCAGAAAAUGGGCCUCGUCAAAAACAGUUAAGCUGAAAAUUCACUGUAAACUUCUAAAAAAGGUGUGCUUUUGGUUUCGGAUUAUAUUAUUAUUUGGCAAACAAAAUUUUCUUCUAAAUUCAUGUCUCCUUAUUCAAGAACUUUCCCACCAUUUAGUGAUAAAAGAGUUGUUUGUGGUAUUCGAAAAUCAUCAGUCUCUCAACCUACUUCCAGAAAUAGGCGGAGAUCUCGUGUUUAGAAAGUUUCUCUUCUUCGAGUUAAUGAAAGUGUCACUUCCGUAAAACUUUAAAUAUCCAAAAGGUCACAGAAAAACAGUCUAAAAUAUAAGCGUGCUAUUUCCUUCUAUCACUUUCAGUUAAUUCGUUUUUAAGCUAGAGAGGAGAGAAAACUGAAAUACGUUGGAUGAAUUAAACUGCAGUAAUUGCCUGUCAAGAUUCCUGUUUGAAAAAGGAAAAAGAAUAAUUAUCCUGUACGCUACCAGAUAUCGACAAGAAAUUAACUCAAGUCGAUUCCCAGCUUCAUCUGUAAGGCCCGUCCACGUAUUUUCGUUGUUCUAUACUUGUUUUGCAAUUAUGGCUUAAAUUUUAAAGAAUUGCUCAACUACUUGUACGCUAGAUCGUAGCCUUCUAUGCUAAUUAUGCAAAAUCUUGUAUUUAUUCACCAUUUUCUUCUAUGUUUUACUAUUUCAGCUAUCGUAUAUGAUGUAAUGAUUGCGCAGAUAUCUAGUAAACUGUUGUAAAUAUAGGUAUUUAAGAUCCAUUUCGGUUUUAUGAAAUACUUUGUAACUUAUUGCAUAAAACAAAGAGUGCUUGUAUACAGUGAUCUUUUCUGAGUGAGAAACUUAUCAAUCUACUUUACAAAGAGCCUCACCCCAAUUAACACCGCCGUUGUGAACUUUGAUAAGGUUGCAGUCAAACUUAUAGAACAAACAGAUAUUGUACUGAAUGAAAGCAUCGAAGUCAAGUCUUGAUAUGGGUGAGGUGCCAACUGUAUCAGGAUCUACAUAAGAUAAAUAUAAUUUAAUCAUCAUAUAACAAAGGUAUGGCUUUGCUCUCAAAUAGACUUGGCACUAUUUCAGGGUCCUCCUUUCCUUUUCACCUAGAUCAACCUAUUAAUCUAUCUUACGAUACGUCACUACGUUGCUAGCAGGGAUGCAAAGAAAAAUUACAUAACAUAGAUCAUUGUCUUGGGGGUGUUUAAAAAAGCCCUCUCGAGUAAAGUCCCCCAGCUUUAGCAAAUUAAAAAAAAUCUUCGGCGAAAAUAACAAAAGAGAAAUGUAGCAACAAAGUCAAUGAAAUUAUAUAAAUAAAAACUACAUUAACUAAACAAAGAAGCAAAAAAUAAAAGAAAGAAAAUAUGUACGACAUGCAAUAUUGGAUUUUUAAUUGCACAAUUUUAAAGAUAAAUCACGAGCUGUUUAGAGCUUGUGUUUGGAUGGUAGAUUUCUUACUAGAGAUAAGCCACUUUUUAUAGAUUUGGAUCAAAAGCCUUUUUUGGUUUGGGCGGUGAUUUCAAGUGUUAUUUUAUUCCAAAUCUAAAUCCCAAUGUUAGAUUUGAAACUGCGUUUAUAGUUAAGGCUAUUUGAAGGUUAAAGACUUAUAGAUCGUCUAGAGGUGCCGUUAUGUAGCCUACAUGUAGACCCAUCUUCCAAAAGAGGCUACAAUUUCCUUUUUUUUUCUUUUGAAAAGGUGGGGGGGGGGUGGGUCUACACGUAGGCCAACGUUAUGCCUUUAGAUGUCGAGUGAAUAAGAUCAGCUCCUCCUAUCUGUCAAUACCAGAUUCACAACAGAUCAGAAAAUAAAAAGUUUAUUGACAUAGGUUGUUGCACAGAUAUAUCGAAGCGGGGUUAUAGGACGCUUUCAACGAUUCUUGCAGAAUAUCAUAUCAUUUUCAACAGCUAUUUAUCGACACUACUUAGCAUUUAAGAGUCAAUGCUUGUGGCAGCACAGCACAGAGCCACGAUGGGGCUUUACAUUACAAAGAAUGAAAGCUUAUGUUUCAGGUUUACAAUUUCCUCACGUAAAGUAUCACUGAUCCAAAGAGAAGUUUUACCGAAUUGGUUUCAGGAAAAUUACCGUUGACAUUUUCAUAAUUGGCGUGGCAUCUUCUGUUUGGAUGAUCAUUGGCGACUGUAAAUUGUUAGAUCAAAGAUUUGGCCACAAGGCGUGCAGGGGCGUCGCCAAAGGAGGUGGGGUUCCGGCACCCCUCCAACAAUUUGUUCGUCGGCAAAUCGAGGAUUUUUGCCGGGCAAAAGAAACAAUUUUUGUACUCACUUAACAUCCUUUUCGCAACAAUUGUAACGUAUUAACAUUUCUGUAGUAUCUGAACUUUCAAAGUAUAGCACUGAAGUAUGAACUUUGAAACAGAAACGCAUAACACAGCAUAUAAGAGUAUUUAUCUUUUGACCACCCUCAUUAAGAGUGAGACACGCCCAUUUUUGUCGGCAAAAAGCACAUCUUUACCUCUCCGAAGAUGUUUUUGGUUUCGCCCCUGAAGGACUGUAUGUUGGUCCGAGCACCGAUCCCUGAAGUACUUCAGAGAACCAAUUUAGGUAGCAAACCAUGUUCGAAAAAAUCACAAGGGACAAAUAUGGCUGUUAGCAUCUGUUUCUUCUUUUGGACAUAUUUGAAAACUCCCAACAUGGCGGGAUGGGCAAACGGCAUUUCUUGCUAAAAGUAGGUCUCCGUUUCCGCCCUUUAUGAAAAUCAUUUUGACUUCUAAAUCACGUGACCAAACUAUCUAUUCAGAUAAUUUGACUAUGGACAACAUAUUUUUAGGACAUUGUUCAGUGUUGCUACGAUUGUAUUAGUUUUGUAGUUUGAUAAAUUGCGUCAUUAUUAAUUAUACACGAACACCUUAUUGAUUGUAUAUGAUUAUCUUUCUAAAAGAAUAUAUUUGUUUUCAUUCAGGGGUGAUUUGUCAGUGAAUUCUCAAACAAACAAGGGAUGGCUUAUUCUGUUUGUAAAUGGGCAUGAACACUUUUUAAGCACAAUAGUAUAAAGCGACUGCACUACUUACACCUUAUAUUUUAAGAGCAAAUCAAGAACAUUGAAGACUCCAAUCAAGAACAGUCAACCAGAACUGUAAUUUGCUGGUUCUCGUAAAAAAGCGUGUAUGUUCCACAUGUAACCUUAGUGCCGCGUAGCACCAUAGUUAGUAUGAAUGUUAUUUUACUAUGAUGGCACGAUGUCCUAAUUUUAAGUAGUUUAUCUCUUAACCCACCAUCAUGAGUUUUUAAGAUGAUUAUAUCGACGUUACAAACGACGACUUUCCAAGAUACUUUGUAGGUAUCUAGAAAGAUAGCAUAUAAUUAGCCCAGUGUUUUUAAAGACUUUUUUGUUUCAAAUUUGUAACGGAUGAUCGACAUAUCCCGCUUCUUGUCGCAAGGCAUUCAGUUUACCAUGCAAAGUAGGGUUCCUUUUCAUUACGAAUUUCCCCGGCUCAACUUCCGGUAAUCUUUGUAGAAAGUUCGACAGCGCACUUUUUGGUAAUCUUUCAAUUUCAACCCAAUCCAAGUGGUUUCGGAACAAUGCAGGUAUUCAUAAUGCAACGUAGGAUAUAUGGGACCGCCAGAAAUAUAUUUAGGUAAUUUGCUAACCUCGUGAAGUAUCACUAGAAGCUCCAGUUAUUCAAUCACGAUCAACUGCCAGUUAUUCAUACCGAAAGUCUGUCAUAAAGAAAGAGAACGCCAUAGAAAGUACACAAUUUUGCUUCAAAAUUCAUCAAAGUAAAAAAUAUUUAGAUGAUGAACUCGUAAGGGAUUGGCUCGAUCAACUGUGGCUCGUUAUUCUUCUGUGAUACGAUGGCAGCACCACGUGGAGGCUGGGGCUGAAAUGAAUACAACACACUGUCAAGACGGGGAUCAACAAUGGCACUGAUGCAUGCUGGAUAUACGGACGACCCUUUGCAUCAUUCUUAUUAAUUUAAAUAUUAAUUGUGAUUAUAAAAUAAAAAAACACAUUUUGCUAUUUUAAGGAAUAUUAUCAAAUCAAACAUCGACUACUAACCUUUAUUUCUACUAAAAUUAAGAUACCAAUAAUCCAACUCAUGGAAAACUUUAAACCAACUUUAUUAGUUUAGCUCUCUUAAAACUCUUAAAAGUGUUUAUCUGCUUUAGAAUAAAAAAUUUUUGCUUUACUAUUAAAGCUUCUGAGUUUGGUUUAACCGUUUAAAUUGAAAGAUACUUUAUUGUGGUACUUCAUCCAAAUAGGGAUAAUAUAAUGAGCAAAUAAAUCAAAUAUCAACUAUAUUAUUUGCUCACUAUAUUAUCGUUACUUUAUUUGAUGAUUAGAAAAACU